AUGUCUCGGACAACCGAAGAGUGGGAAGCCGCAGUUCAGGCCAAGAUUGACGAGGUGUUGGCCGACACUAGCACAACAAACUACGCACCGGAAAUAUCGACAGCGGAUAAGAGCUUUGCUCUUACGAUUGAUCACACGCUCUUGAAGCCUGAUGCUACACCGGACCAAGUCGAUAAGCUUUGUGAUGAGGCUGUGAAGUAUAGUUUUAAAUCAUGCUGCGUGAACGGAGCCAAUGUCAAGCAAGUCGCAGACCGACUCAAGGAUUCCAAAUGCGUCCCUUGCGUGGUCGUAGGGUUCCCGCUAGGCGCCAUGACUUCUCAGGCGAAAGCAUGGGAAACGGAGGAUGCCUGCAAGAAUGGUGCAAAGGAAAUCGACAUGGUCAUCAAUAUCGGCCUUCUCAAGUCUAAGCAGUACGGUGCCUACUAUGACGACAUUCACGCGGUGGUAAAAGCCGCGUCUAACCACGCUAUUGUCAAGGUCAUCAUUGAAACUGUAUUCUUAUCAGCUGAAGAGAAGAUCGCGGGAUCGUUCAUUGCGGCAGAGGCUGGUGCAAAGUUUGUGAAGACGUGUACGGGCUUCAGUGGAGGGGCGGCUUCGGCGGCCGAUGUUAGACUCAUGAAGAAGACUAUUGCAUAUAAGCAGGGCGUUAAGGUUAAGGCAUCGGCGGGUGUCAGGACGUUUGAAAAAUGCUUGGGGAUGCUGCAGGCUGGGGCGGAGAGGAUCGGAACUUCGUCUGGUACGGCGAUUAUGGAGAAAUCGGAGGUGCAGGCGGGCACCUAUUAG